GAAAACACCAGUAUCAAUGUUGGAAACAAGUGAUGCAAAGCUACGUGAAGACUUGAUCCAGCGCUUAGUGGACUUCAAGGUAAUGGGGCCAGUUGGCCAAAUGGUGCUAUGCAAUGAUCCUAGCACCUUGCCAAUGAAAGAACUUCCUCACGGAAGUGUCAGCAACCUAUUUCUCAUGUACCUCGCGUACGCCAACAUUCUUGGAGAACGGCCAGCCAGCCGUGCAACUUUCUAUCGGGAAGCCAAAAAAUGGCGGUGCUGCAUGAGAUUUCACAAGGUAACCGUCCACUCGAUUUGCACAACAUGUGCCAGACUAAAGAUGAAAAUUCGUGAAGCAUCAGACUUUGUCGACCACGCCAAAUGGUGUGAUGCCCUUUUGGGCCAUUACACAUCAUCGUGGCGGGAUAGAGAAGUGUACUGGCUGGCUAGAGCCAGGUCACGGGGCCAGGGUGACUUGAUCACCAUGAUCAUCGACUCGUAUGACCGCCAGAAAUUGCUCCUACCUAAGUACCCUUACUCGCGGACGCCCAAGGGAACAACCUAUGAGUCCAUCAGAAGAACAGGCCUUAUGCUUACAGCAAGCCUGGUCCAUGGCUGGGGCGCCUACAUAUUUAUCUCUGAUGAGGGGAUGCCCUGUGGGGCUAAUUGGACUUUGGAAUUGGCAAUGAGAAGUAUUGACUUCGCCUUUGCCAAAGCGAGACGGGAUGGAAAGACUUUCCCCCACGAGACUGCAGGUCAGUCACGGGAUGUGUAUGCCCUGGUGAAGGCAAAGAUGUCUGACCGUCAUUUGAGCCAAUUGCCUUUGCUGAUCUAUCCAGAGGCACUGCUACCAUCAACUGAGAGAUUUUGGAAUUCCAUCAACACAGCCUCGAAGACUCUGACGCAGAGUUUGGACAGUGAGAGAAUGGAUGAGCUACGAAAGCUUCGAUCCCAAUUCUUGCAGGAUUUUCCACAUCUUAGCCGCGCUGCAAGGUACUAUCAGCAGCUGAUGGACGAGAAUCGUCCUCGGCAGCCAUACAAGCAGCUGGAAUUUAUCCGGGCAGGUCCCACCGCAGCAGGGCGUGUGGGCCACUUUGAGCUGGGAGUAAUCCACAAGCUUUGUUUGGAACCCUAUGCCUCAUCCUCGGACUCAAGACCCAUCCUCACCUUGGAAUGGUCCACAGAGCUAGAAGAGCCAGAAGUGCGCUUGAUGCUGGAGAGUAUCCCGCUGCACAUUCUUCAGGGUGAUCACUAUGUACCUGGGAGUUCUUCCCGCUGUGAUUCCCAGCAGUUCCAGAACAAGCCUCCGGUCUUCAAGGAAAUUUUGCAGGUCCGCUCCAGCGAAGACCACCUGGUAGUGUUGUGGAUCAACCUGCCAACGGCAGGGAUAGUUGGAGCGGCGAAGGAUGACUUCUUCAUAAGCCUCAUCACGAACAUUCUCACCAAGUACAAACGAAACAGCAUCGCACUGGUGGUGCAUGCCAACCGAGCAGAGACCAAGGAAGGCUCACCCGGCGCCAAGUCAGAGCCUGAUGCUGCCAAGAGUGAAGUAAAAGAUGAGGACACACCUAUGAAGGGAGAAGAAAGUGAUGAUGGGUCAGAUGAGAAUGAGAAUGACAAAGAGCGUCCUGCUGACUCUGAUGUAAGGGAUGUGCGGUACCAAUUGGAGAUCCCUGCCUUGGUUCAACAAUUUGUAUUGGGCUCAUCAGGUGGAUCCUUGAAAUUGAGUGGCUUCCCAGACUUCACCGGGCUGGUUGAAGCGAUUCAGAAGGGUCAAGCAUCACAAGUCCCCAAGGCUUACAACGUUUGCGUGAUGAAGGGUGAAUCUUUGAGGAUCUUGAAAUCGCUAGCACAAAAAUUCCUGGACCACGAGCUCACUCAUGACAAAGCUCUAGGGGUGAUCGAGGAUCACAACAAAAAACACAAUUGUGACAGCGAUUACCUGGAGCCUGAUGCAGCGCCCCUUGUUUUGCAGAAUAGCCCUAACAAGUUGCUUCUCCUUUCAUUGCACUAUAUUGCACUAACUUUGCUUCCUGAGACCCACACAGUUGAACAAAGGAAUGAGGCCCCAGAGGAGGACCUUGAGCGUGCUCCGAAGCGAAUCAAGCUUGAGCCCACUGACACUGUCAAUAUCAGCAUCUCCCAUCAUACCAUCACCACUGAAGACCGCUGCCCUACCCCGACUAGCAAGCCUUUGGUCUUCGUCUUGGAUGACCCGAAGGACCCUGAGGACAAGAAAGCAAAAAAGCCAAAGAAGGGCAAGAAGGGAAAGGAGGGCAAGGACGCGCUGACAGCCAAGAAUUUUGGGAGCAGGGUUGACACCAGCAAGUUCAAGCAGGGCUCAAAGCUCAUACUCGCUUGGCGUGUUAGGUUGGAUGUCAGUGAAGGUGCAAACAUCGUUCCGAUCCGGCCCAUUGCGGUCCUGUCCGGUACCCUCGACCUGCAGCAGACCACCAUCCGCUUGCUUUGA